GGAAAUUCUGCAGGAAUUAAUCAACUGUCGGUAACAAAAGUCUCUUUAGUGUAAAGUGUUUACGGUGUUUACACAAGUGUAUGUUAUUAAUCCAUUUGGUUUUAUUUUUCACUGGAAAAAGAAUGAUUGACCAAAGUGUAAUUGGAAUUGGGAUUUUAAUUUUUCUGGCUGUGAUAUUUAAUUUCUCUCUGCAUCGCAUUGACGAAGGACAUGUUGGUGUUUACUUCCGGGGAGGAGCUUUAUUGCCCCAUGUCAGUAAUCCUGGAUUUCACAUGAUGAUUCCCGUCCUUACGUAUUUUCGUUCAGUGCAAAUAACUUUGCAAACGGAUGAAGUGAAAAAUGUCCCCUGCGGAACUAGUGGAGGUGUUAUGAUUUAUUUCGAUCGAAUUGAAGUUGUUAAUAUUCUAGACGGCGGUGCUGUUUACAAUAUGGUUCGAAAUUUCACCGCCGACUACGAUCGAACAUUAAUUUUCAAUAAAGUUCACCAUGAAUUAAAUCAAUUUUGCUCAGUGCACACUUUACACGAGGUUUAUAUCGAUCUCUUCGAUCAAAUUGACGAGAAUUUGAAAACUGCACUUCAAAGAGAUUUAAAUGAACUUGCGCCAGGUUUACACAUUCAAGCCGUUCGAGUUACAAAGCCAAAAAUACCAGAGACAAUUAGAAAAAAUUACGAACUCAUGGAAGGCGAGAAGACAAAACUUUUAAUUUCAACUCAACAUCAGAAGGUCGUCGAGAAAGACGCCGAGACCGAUAGGAAGAAAGCAGUGAUAAAUGCCGAGAAAGAAGCACUAGUGGCAAAAAUUCAAUUUGAACAGAAAAUAAUGGAAAAGGAAUCACUUCAAAGAAUUGCUGCAAUCGAAGAUGAAAUGCAUUUGGCACGUGAGAAAAGUAAAUCUGACGCUGAAUUUUAUCAAACAAAAAAACAAGCCGAAGCAAAUAAUUUACUAUUAUCGAAAGAAUUUUUGGAAUUGAAAAAAUAUCAGUCACUCGCGCAAAAUUCAAAGGUCUAUUAUGGUCAGGAUAUUCCAAAAAUGUUCUCCCUAGGCGGAUGCUCGAAUGAUCCAUCACUGGGUGGUCAUAUUUCCGAGAGGAUACACACGAAUUCUGUUGACAGUAAAACAUAACUUCCCCCAUUGCUUAUCAAAUAUUUAUCACUCUAUAUUUUUUACAUCAAAUUCUAUCUAUAAGUUUUUCGCGCAUCUAUUUCCGAAAAUUGUUUUUCUUCAUUUAGAAAAAUAAUUUCAACAUAUAAAAGUUUUUGUUUUAUAAACUCGUUUAUUAGGAAAAGUUUAUAAUACAGAAACUUUGGUUUUUGUAUAUAUAAAGUCUGUAAGUACUUUAAAUUCAUUUUUUUUUGUUUGAAAAAAAAAAUGGUUGUAAACUGUUGUCCUAUUUAUGAAAAUACAUAUUUUUCAUCAUU